AUGUUGAUGAGCUCAGACUUCCCUCUGUCCUUCUCUGCAGAGGCUCCAGCUGCAGAAGAAGAUGAGUCGAAGCCCAAACCCAAGGCCUUUGCUCCACCUAUAUCUGUGCCAAAGAUCCCCGAGGGAGACAAAGUCGACUUUGAUGAUAUCCACAGGAAGCGUCUGGACAAAGAUCUGUCUGAGCUGCAAUCUCUGAUUGAGGCCCACUUCAUUCAGAGGAAGAAAGACGAGGAGGAGCUCAUCGCUCUCGUUAACAGGAUUGAGAAGCGUCGUGCUGAGAGGGCUGAGCAAGUGAGGAUCCGCACCGAGCAGGAGAAGGAGAGGCAGAAUCGCCUCCUUGAAGAAAAGGAGAGGAAAGAGAUGGAGGAGGCACGGAAGAAGGCGGAUGACGACGUCAAGAAGAAGAAGGCUCUCACAAACAUGACUCAGCAGUACGGUGGCGUCCAGCAGAGGCAAGAUGGAAAGAAGGGUGCGAAGAAGCAGACAGAAAGAGAAAAGAAGAGGAAGAUCCUGGCAGACAGGAGGAAAGCUCUCACCAUCGACCAUCUCAGUGAGGACAAGCUUAAGGAGAAGGCUAAUGAGCUGUGGCAGUGGCUGAUGGGACUGGAGGCCGAGAAGUUUGACUACACCGAGAUGCUGAAGAGGCAGAAGUAUGAUAUCAAUCUCCUCCAGAAUCGUGUUCAAGCCACCCAGACCGCCAAAGGAAGAGGCAAAGGCAAGGGCCGGCUGAGAUAGACGGGAGCCGCCGCAGACGUCCUCGGAGGAACCCGAGCCGCGGCGCUGGAUUGGAUUCACCGCUCUACACUUUAAUAAAGACAUCGCCGAGCGCCUUUGUUAGCGGUGCAACACGUGGUUGUAAGCGUAAAAUAAACAAGUUUGAGCUUC